AUGGCGGCCGCCGCCAUGCUCUCUGCCCCUGCGCUCGCCGCCGUCCUGCGCUGGGGCGCGGCCGCGGCCGCGGCCGCCUGGCUGGCUGCGCUGCCAAGCCUCCGCCCGGCGGCGAUCGCCGCACAGGCGUUGGCGCCGGCGCCCCCCGCGCCCGCAGUCUCCCAUGAGGAGAACGCGGAGGAACGGGACUACGCGUACGACGACCUGGACCACCCGGUGGCUGCGGGUUUCCUGGGUCUCAUCAAGAACCGGCCGGGCUCGACGACGUGGUUGCGUUGGUCGCAACACUGGAUGGCCCCGCCGGCCCGUCGGCACCCGAACCCGCUCGGGGACUCGAGCUGGCGAGGGACAUCGGCGAGAAUGCCGAACCAGAGACAGAUCCUGAAGCCGCGGCCCCUCCACGUCUAG